GAAAGAUUAUUUUCUUCUUUCCUCUGAGAGGUGAACCAGAAAACAUUUCCAUUAUAGAAGAUGCUUGUUUCUGCAAUCUUACCUUUUCUCUCAAUCUUUCUUCUAAUGGCGGCCUCAGAUCCUGUUGAAGACGCCAUUCUGCAGUGUCUCUCUCUUCAUUCGGACCCUUCCUAUCCAAUCUCCUCUGUCACCUAUUUCCCUAACACCACCUCGUACAUUCCCAUCUUGCAAUCCUACAUCAGAAACCUCAGAUUCACUUCUCCCACUACUCCUAAACCAUUGUUCAUCGUUGCCCCAACUCACAUCUCCCACGUCCAAGCCUCCAUCAUCUGCUGCAAAAGUUUCCAACUUCAGAUCAGAAUAAGAAGUGGGGGCCAUGACUAUGAUGGUCUUUCCUACGUGUCAAGGUCCCCGUUUGCGAUCAUGGACAUGUUCAUGAUGAGAUCAGUGGAGGUCAAUUUGGAGGAUGAGACUGUGUGGGUUGACUCCGGGUCAACGAUUGGUGAACUUUAUCAUGCGAUUGCUGAGAGGAGUAAGGUGUAUGGUUUCCCGGCUGGGGUGUGUCACAGUGUUGGUGUUGGAGGACACUUCAGUGGGGGAGGGUAUGGGAACAUGAUGAGAAAAUUUGGUCUUUCUGUGGAUCAUGUUUUGGAUGCUGUGAUUGUGGAUGCUGAAGGGAGAGUCUUGGACAGGAAGAAAAUGGGGGAGGAUCUUUUCUGGGGGAUUAGAGGAGGUGGGGGUGCUAGCUUUGGGGUCAUUGUGUCGUGGAAAAUCAAGCUGGUUCCCGUCCCUGAGGUUGUCACAGUUUUUAGAGUUCAAAAAACAUUGGAACAAGGGGCUACUGAUGUUGUUCAUCGAUGGCAGUAUGUUGCCGGUAAAAUACAUGAUGGAUUGUUUAUAAGAGUGGUUCUUAGUGCUGUCAAAAGGAAGGGUCAGAAGACAAUCAGAGCCAAGUUCAAUGCCUUAUUUCUUGGAAAUGCUCAAGAUUUGGUUCGCGUGAUGAGUGAUAGCUUCCCUGAAUUGGGUUUGGUUGGUGAAGACUGCAUUGAAAUGAGUUGGAUCGAUUCGGUGUUGUUUUGGGACAACUUUCCAGUGGGAACUUCGGUUGAUGUUCUCCUUCAAAGGCAUGAUACACCUGAGAAAUUCUUGAAGAAGAAAUCAGAUUAUGUGCAGAGAACUUAA